AUGUACGCCGCUCAGAAUAUAACGCCAACAGUUUUGGAUGCCAUGAAUGGAAAUGUUUCCGAAUGGUAUAACGAAUGCGACAAUGCCAUUAGAAGGUCAGAAAUAGUUCCUGGAACUUACGAAUAUACAACUGCUGUUUCUUAUGGAAACGUAGGUGAGUUUGGAGAAGGUUCUUCAACAACAGUAGAUAUUGCUUGCGACAGGUUUCAUAUAAUUUCUAUUGACAACUCUUUCUUAUACGUGGAACAAGACAUUGAAAUAAAACCUUCUGCCAAGUUGUCUGACAAGAAAGGUUGCAAUGGAAUUUUCUAUGUCGGAUACCAAUAUGCUCCAGAAGUUUUCAUGGGAUAUAAGAUAUAUUCUAACUCUGACUUAGUUCAAACAGUAACAUGGGCAAACUAUGAAUGGUUCGCUUUGAGAAACUCAGUACAACCACAAGCUAGAGAACAAACAGACCAGUAUGCAACUAUUGAGAAAAUAAGAAGACUUGACCCUAACGUUCCAGGAGUUUAUGUUAACCUUUCUGGACAAACUGCAGCAGCAGUAACCAAAGUAAAAUUGAAACUUAGAGUUCCUUUGUCAUCUUUCCUCAUCUUCAGGUUUUUAAGAUACUUGCCAAACUGGGCAGGAAAAAUUUCUAUCGAACUUACUCCAAGCAAAAAUAACUUAGUCAUUGCACCAACACAAGACCCAUUCACUCUUACAGAAGUAGUGGGAACAAAUAA